AUGUUGGUCUCUUUGACGGUCGGCAAGGUAGACGCUGGCGUCGCAGUGCUCCUCACUCAAGACAACCGACUCAUUGAAUUCCCCUCAGUUCUUCUUCCGAGCAACAUCAGUUCGGGCAGCAUUGUCGAUAUCACCGUAUCGCGCAACCAAGCCGCUGAAGCAGCGAGCGCAUCUGCCUUCCAAUCCCUCCAGAAGCGAAUCCUGAAUACCUACGGUGUCAAGGCUCCGUCGCCACCCGUUCUGCGUCUGCGGAAUGCGACACAAACCUCGCUCGUUCUUGAGUGGGAUCCAAUCGAUCUAGCCACCGCAUCCCUGAAAUCGCUCUCCCUCUACCGCAAUGGCUCCAAGGCCGGCUCGAUACCCCGCCCACUGGAGACGCGCAGCACAAAAAUCAGUGGUCUCGCCAUUCAUUCCGAAUACUCCUUCUACCUGGUCCUGCGGACCACCGCCGGAACCUACCAAUCGGAGAUCCUGACGUGUCGGACACACAAAAUGACCGACUUGUCUGGUAUCACUGUCACAACGGGUGUCCUGGAUCCUCAACAAAAGGAAGCUCUUGGUGCCGCGUUGGAUCGCAUUGGAGGCAAGAUGGUCGAUUCAGUCCGUAUUGACACCACUCACUUUGUCUGUACGGAGGGACGGGGCCCUCUUUGGGAGAAGGCCGUGUCGAUGAAUAUCCCCGUCGUGGUGCCGGAGUGGGUAGAUGCGUGCGAGACAGAGGGAACCAUUGCUGGUGUGCGUGGCUACUAUCUCAACGCAGACCCCAAGGCCCGUCAACUUGGCAUGAUUCACGGCUCGUCUCACCAGCGUACUACAUCUACUAUGUCGACUUUGACAAACCAGGGACGACCCAGCAUUCAACCCCAACGGAGUCCAUUACAUGAGCAGGUGCCCGAGGAACCCCCUGUGACUCCCUUCCCUGGGGGUGAGCCGAGUAGUCAACUCCAAGCACAGACGCAAGAGGUUGGAUCACAAGAUGAGGAAGAUGAUGUUCCAGCUCCUACGCCCCCACCUAAAGAUGAUUCCGAAGAUGCAGAUAAGCUUGUCCAGAAUGGUGAAACAAAGGUGACACCUGCUCCCGAGGCAAAGGAGGAGGAAGCUAAAGCCGAAUCCGAUGAGGAGAGCAACCAAGAAACAGACAAAGAGCAUACCCUUCCACAGCACAGACCCGAUGAUGAAUCGGAGUCAACCAACCUCGAAAACGCAAAGGGCAAAGGUAAAGAGAGCGACGGGGACUUCAAUGAAGUGCCUCUCUAG